AUGGCAUCAGCCAGGUCACCAUCUAUUCGGCAACAGCAAAAACUAGCGUUGGUGGUGGGAAAUAAUCGUUAUGUAACAGAGUCUGUAUCACUCUACACAUGUGUAAAGGACGCCACAGAUGUAGCUGCUAUACUAAAGAAUAUUGGAUUCCAGGUUACAUUUGACACUGAUCUAGAUUGUACAAGUUUUAAAAGGCUUAUUAAAGACUUCAUCAGAAAAGUGCAAGAUGGGGACUUUGUAUUAUUCUUCUUUGCCGGACAUGGAAUGCAGUCAGAUGAUCAGAACUAUAUGUUACCUUGUGACUAUGACUAUGUUAAUAGACGUGACCAAAAUUAUGGGGAACAAGAUUAUCUUCGAGUUUACGCAGUGAACGCUCAAAAUAGUCUGAAACAGAUCACAGAACAAAAGCCAUUUGUUACAAUAUUCAUGUUGGACUGCUGUCGGCGGAAUACUCGUGCAGGUGGUAUACUGGAGAAUCAUGCUGGUUUAUGUCCAAUGAUGGCACCAGCGGAAUCGCUCAUUGUAUUUUCUUGUGCACCAGGAAGAAGUGCAGAUGAUUCACCUGUAAAUGGUAGAAAUGGCGUCUUCACCAAACAUUUAUUGAAACACAUAACAAAACCAGAUGUGGAUGUUGAGUUCAUAUUACGACUCGUUGGUCAAGGUGUACACGAUGAAACUAAAGGUUAUCAACUACCUUAUCGAACAAGUUGCAUUACACAUCCUCACAUCCACUUAGUCUCGACUUCUGUACCACAGCAAAGAGUGAUCAAGAAUAUAACCUCUCAUUGCAUGGUCGGAACAGGAAUCAAUGGUCGAAAUGAUGAAGACAUUGAAAUCUUAGCAGAUAUAUUGAAAGUAAAUAUAACUUUCACUCAACUUCAUCUUCGUUGGAACAAAUUAUCUGAUAGAGGAUGCGAAGCACUGGCUGAGGCGUUGAAGGUAAAUAAAACUCUCACUGAACUACAUCUUGAUGGGAACCAAAUAUCGGACAGAGGGGGUGAAGUACUGAUUAAGUCGUUGAGAGUGAAUAAAACUCUCACUGAAUUACAUCUUGGUUGGAAACAAAUAUCUGAUAGUGGAGGUGAACUACUGGCUGAGGCGUUGAACGUAAAUGAAACUCUCACUGAACUGCAUCUUGACGGAAACCAAAUAUCUGAUAGAGGAUGUAAAGCACUGGCUGAGGCGUUGAAAACAAAUAAAACUCUCACUGAACUGUAUCUUGGUUGGAAUCAAAUAUCCGCUAGAGGAGGUGAAGCACUGGCUGAAGCGUUGAAAGUUAAUAGAACUCUUACACUACUUCAUCUUGGUGAGAACAAAUUAUCUGAUAGAGGAUGCGAUGCACUGGCUGAGGCGUUGAAAGCUAAUAGAACUCUUACGCAACUACAUCUUGGUUCGAACAAAAUAUCUGAUAGAGGAGGUGAAGCACUGGUUGAGGUGUUGAAAGUAAAUACAACUCUCACUGACCUUAUUCUUGAUGGGAACAAAAUAUCUGAUAAAGGAGCUGUAGCGCUCAGAGAAGCGAUGAAAGUAAACAAGACAUUUAGAGUUUUUUUCUAAAAGUAGGUGCCCGCUGGUCAUUGGACUUUUUUAUUUGAUUUUUCGAAUAUAAUUUUUGAUUUUUUUGUUAGUAUAGAACGAAGAAUAAACAUUACUUUAAUGUCGCAGCUGUUGAUAAGCUCCCUCAAUGUUUUGUCACAAAUCGUCAAAGAUACUUUACCGAGUUCUCGUCGUGGACGUAUGCAUGCAGCAUACUUGCUUUAUAGAAAUGAACGGCAACAUAACUCUCUUCGUUUACUGAGAAGGAGAGUUGGUGAAGCCACUUGACUUGGGAAAGUUGAGAUGGAAAAGAGUAUUGCGGCUUAUCCAAGCGUAACGGUGUUACAUUUUUGACAUACUACUUUCCAAUUAUCUCGAGAACUUUAGGAGCUAGAAAGUUCAUUCGCUUUAUGCAUUAGAAUACUGGUCUUUUUUGCCGCGGUGAACAGAUUGCCGAGAAAAUUUAGCUGUAUGCAUAAAAUUAAAUGAAUAUGCCGACAGCAUAAAUCUUACAAUUUGAUUUUAACUUUUCUCUCGACAUAAUCUAUGCGUUUUUUAUACCUUAUUCUUAUGGCCCAUAGCAACGCUCCUAGUGGCGCCAUUAAGCGCCAAUGGUUACGCUAUUGGCUAACUUAUAGAGUAAAUAUUUAGCGUAACUUAUAGAGUAAAAUAUAAUCAAACUUGCUAUUUCUUAAGUUUGAAAUAUUAAAAUUAAAUUCAGCAUACUUCAGCGCAUAGAAUAAGCGUGGAAAAGAUCAAAGAAGGCACUUUUGAUGCUAAUUAAAAAUAAGCGCGCGUCGAACGCAGAAACAGCGUCUAACAUGGACGGCAAUUAUAAUAAUUAGCUGAUUUUCUUUAAAUACGAAAUUGUCAUUCAUGCAAAACGUCCAAAUUGAUGCAUGACUAACGGUUGAGUAAGAAGGCUUCCUACAAAAAAGUCAGAAUUCAGCACGCGUUUUUCACUUAUUUGAAAUCCUUUUUACGCAAUGAUUAUAUCAUGUUUUACUCGGACUUUUCUUCGAGAACAUGUUGUAGUCAAGCUUCGGCAUGCAGAAGUCUCCAUGUGCAAGCAAAAAGUUGUGCUUUGAGAAAUUUUGUUGGAAAUUUGCUUCAAUUUGAGCCAAAAGUACGGAAAACUUACUCCAGUUUUGUGAAAGAAUGGAGUGAGUUUACUCCAGUUUUGGUUGCUCUUUUUACAGUUUUUGCUCAGAUAUUUGCUGUUUUCUCAAAAAAAAUUAGUGCAGCGGUUCUGUUUUCUACUAUAAACUUGACUGAACUAAUUAGACAACAGGCUAUGAAUAACAAUCGACAGAUAAAACAGAAUACCCAUUUAAAUUAUACGUUUAUCAGGCAGUAACAGUGUUUCAUCUGACACUUUACAAAUUCAUUCUCUGUACGAAUAAUUAGAUUCUUCUUGACAGAAU